AUGGAUGAUUCACCAAAGAGCUUAGAGAAUAAUCAAGAAAUUAAGGUGGAAGAAAUAAUGCAAGUGCCCAGUGUUGAGAUGAGCUUUGAUUCUAUUGAUGAGGCAUAUGACUAUUAUAGAAAAUAUGGGAAGCAAUUGGGAUUCCCAGUGAGAAAGAGAACAUCAAGAAAGGGAGAUGAUGGGAACACAAAAUAUAUAACUAUUUCAUGCGGUCGAGCCGGAAAAUUUAAAAGCAAGUCCAGUAUCUCUCUAAAGUCGCAUCCAAGUGUGAAGACUGAUUGCAAGGUACUUAUUAGACUUGGUAAAUCCCUUGAUGGAAAGUGGAAAAUCAAUUCUACAAAGCUUGAGCAUAACCAUGGUUUGAGUCCAAGAAAAUCUCGUUAUUUCUCAGCCAAUAGUGAACUAAGUUCAUCGAUAAAAAGGAGGCUUGAACUAAAUGAUGUUGCUAGAAUAGGGUUAAACAAGAGUUAUAACUCAAUUGUUGUUGAAGCUCAGGGAUAUGACAAUGUGCCAUUUUUGGAAAAAGGUGCUCAAAAUCACAUUGAAAAAAUUAGGCGAUUGCGGCUUAAGGAAAGUGAUGCUACUGCAGUUCAGACCUACUUUUUGGAUAUGCAAGAUAAGAUUGCUAGUUUCUUCUAUGCCAUUGAUAUAAAUGAAAAGGGCAAAUUGAGAAAUUUUUUUUGGGCAUAUGCAAGGAGUAGGGCAGCAUAUCAAGAAUUUGGUGAUGUUUUUACAUUUGACACUACUUAUUUGACAAAUAAGUAUGAAAUGCCCUCUGCUCCAUUUGUAGGGGUCAAUCAUCAUGUGCAAUCUAUAUUGCUUGGAUGUGGAUUGAUUUCAAGUGAAGAUAUUGAGACAUUUGUUUGGUUGUUUAAGUCUUGGCUAACAUGCAUGUCUGGGAAUGCUCCUAGUGGAAUAAAUACUGACCAAGAUAGAGCCAUGAAAAAUGCCAUUGAGAUUGUUUUUCCAAAUACUAGGCACCGUUGGUGCUUGUGGCAUAUAUUGAAGAAGAUUCCUGAAAAAUUGAAAGGAUAUACAGAAUAUGAAUCUAUCUCGAUGACCUUGCUAAAUACUAUUUAUGAUUCGUUAUCUCAAGUUGAGUUUGAAGAACGUUGGGAUGAGAUGAUUAAGCAAUAUAAGUUGCAUGAAAAUGAUGGUUGA